UUCUUGUCCUCUCCUCUCUCUCUCUCUCUCUCUCUCUCUCUCUGUGGAAAACUUAUCAAGGCACAGCUCUAUCACAGGAAAGAGAAAACAAAAGUGAAGAAUUCAAUUCCUUCCCAAAUAUCGAUAACAAAGAAGAAGAACAAGAAGAAAAGAAUUGCUUAACCACAAACUUUGGAGAGGUGGAGGAAAUAGGAGAGAGAAACCAUCUUUGGGGUGGGAGUAAGAGCAAAACAAGAGAGAUGACAUGGCAUAACGACUCUGAAGACGAAAGAGCCAUCCAAAUAGUCUCGCCUUCUCCACAACAAAAUGGUGUUAUCAAUGAAGAAGAAGCCGGCGAAGUUCGCUUCAUAACAUGUCCUUCAUGCGCCCAUAAUAUACAAUUGCAAAAUCGGGCGGGAAUUGAAGAUUUGCCGGGGCUUCCAGCCGGGGUGAAGUUUGAUCCAUCUGAUCAAGAAAUUCUUCAACAUUUAGAAGCUAAAGUGUCAUCAAAUGCCCAUAAAAUUCAUCCUCUAAUUGAUGAAUUUAUCCCUACAAUUGAGGGGGGAAAUGGAAUUUGCUACACACACCCAGAAAAGUUACCAGGUGUAAGCAAAGUUGGCCAAAUCCGCCACUUCUUCCACCGGCCUUCAAAGGCAUACACCACCGGGACAAGGAAGAGAAGAAAGGUUCACACUGACGAAGAUGGCGGUGAAACAAGGUGGCACAAAACAGGAAAAACAAGGCCAGUUUUUGUUGGUGGGACAGUGAAAGGGUUCAAGAAAAUACUAGUGCUCUACACCAACUAUGGUAGGCAAAGGAAACCAGAGAAAACCAAUUGGGUUAUGCACCAAUACCAUCUUGGCAAUAAUGAGGAAGAGAGAGAUGGAGAGGUGGUGGUUUCGAAAGUUUUCUACCAAACACAGCCUAGACAAUGUGGUUCAACUUCAAGCCUUGCAGAUUCAGUGUUCGACCAAAAAUCAAGUCAUGUAAUUGAGAACACACAAGGUUAUGUGGAGGGAUAUUAUAAUACAACUGCAUUGAUAUCCUAUGAUAUUGGAUUUGGAGGGUAAAAUAGGGAAAUCACACCUCAGCUAAUCCCUAAUU